CUUCUGAAGGACAUUGCAUAGUGACUGACACAUAUCCAGCACGCAAGUGUGUGCUUACCUGGAAUGGUCACUUGGUUCAGAUUGGUUUUGUUUUUUGAGACAGGGUCUCCCUGUAGCCCCAGCUGGCCCGGAACUUGCUAUGAAGACCAUGCUGGCCUCGAUCUCACAGAGAUCCACCUGACUCUGCCUCCCUAGUGCUGGAACUAAAGGUGUGUGCCACCACAGAGGAUGGCUUUGUGGAGUCGUUCUACCUUUAUGUGGGUUCUGGGGGUUGAACUCAGAUCAUCAGGCUGUCAAGGCAAGCUCUUUGCCCACUGAGCCAGCCAUCUCACUGCCCUGUCACUUCAUUCAAAUUCAGCUGAAGCUCCCUGUGGAACACCUAGGUGUGAGUCCCUGAAGACGGACCAGCUCUGAGCCUGAUGGCUGUCUACAGCGGCCUUGGGGCUCUGCCUCUGCUCAACUGAAGCAAGCCUCUGACUCUGACCCUGGCAUGUGUGUGAUGGUUUUGAAAUUGCCCUUUCUGAAGAGAAGAGGAGGGCGUGUGGACCCCACUGUUAAAGAGCGUCUUUGGUUGACACUUUAUUGGCCCAAGAAUCAGCCAGCACAGCUGGUAUCCAGUUGUUUUGGAGGCGAGCUGCUGCUGUGGGAGCUCACCCAGUCACGCAGACGGAAGUUCAUGCUCUUCAGCACCUCGGCGGAAGGGCAGAAUCACUCCAGAAUCGUGUUCAACUUGUGUCCUCUGCAGACCGAGGAUGGCAGGCAGCUGCUCCUCUCCACAUCCAUGGACAGAGAUGUAAAAUGUUGGGACAUGGGCACCCUGGAGUGCUGCUGGACGUUGCCCUCCCUUGGAGGCUUUGCUUACAGCCUGGCCUUCUCCCCCGUGGACGUGGGCUGCCUGGCUAUAGGCGUGGGGGACGGCAUGAUCAGGGUGUGGAAUACACUCUCCAUCAAGAACAGCUACGAUGUGAGGCACUUGUGGCACGGUGUUAAGUCCAAGGUUACAGCGCUCUGCUGGCACCCAAGCAAAGAAGGUUGCUUAGCUUUCGGAACAGAUGAUGGAAAAGUGGGAUUGUACGAUACCGGCUCCAACAAACCUCCACAGAUUUCUAGCACGUAUCAUAAGAAGACUGUGUACACGUUGGCCUGGGGGCCCCCGGUGACUCCUAUGUCACUUGGAGGGGAAGGAGACAGGCCAUCCCUCACGUUGUACAGCUGUGGCGGGGAGGGCAUCGUCUUACAGCACAACCCCUGGAAGCUCAGCGGAGAGGCCUUCGACAUCAACAAGCUCAUCCGGGACUCCAAUUCGAUCAAGUACAAGCUGCCUGUGCACACCGAGGUCAGCUGGAAGGCAGAUGGCAAAAUCUUGGCUCUUGGCAACGAAGAUGGAUCAAUAGACAUAUUCCAGGUCCCCAACCUGAGACUUCUCUGCACCAUCCAGCAACACCACAAGCUGGUAAAUGCCAUUGCCUGGCACCAUGAACACGGCAGUCGGCCAGAGCUCAGCUACCUCAUGGCCUCUGGUUCCAACAAUGCUAUCAUCUAUGUGCACAACCUGAGAACUGUCCUAGAGAGCAAUUCCGAGUCUCCAGUGACCAUCACAGAGCCCUACCGGACCCUGUCAGGGCAUACAGCCAAGAUUACCAGCCUGGCAUGGAGCCCACAUCACGAUGGGAGGCUGGUAUCUGCUUGCUAUGAUGGCACAGCCCAGGUGUGGGAUGCCCUCCGGGAAGAACCUCUCUUCAACUUCCGUGGACACCGGGGCCGACUGCUUUGUGUGGUGUGGUCCCCAGUGGACCCAGAGUGCAUCUACUCAGGGGCAGAUGACUUCUGUGUGUACAGGUGGCUGACCUCCAUGCAGGACCAUUCCCGGCCUCCUCAAGGGAAAAAGAGUAUUGAAUUAGAGAAGAAACGGCUCUCUCAACCUAAACCAAAGCUCAAAAAGAAAAAAAAACCCACCUUGUGGUUGCCAGUGAAGCAGAAUUCCCCCGAAGGGGAUGAGGACGAGGACACGAAGGAAAACUACUCAGGACCUGUGGAGAACGGGGUGUUGGACCAGGACGUUGAGGAGGAAAGCCAGAAGCAGUGCAUCCUCGCUCCAGGGGUUUCUGGAGAACCAGUUACCUGCACUCCAGUUGCCUCAGGCUUUGAGAAGUCAAGAGUCACUGUGAAUAACAAGUUGAUUGCACCGAAGAAGGAACCACCCAAGGAGAAGCCAGAAACCUUGCUUAAGAAGAGGAAGGCUCGCUCCAUGCUCCCGCUGAGUACCAGCCUGGACCACAGGUCCAAGGAGGAGCUGCAUCGUGACUGCUUGGUCCUGGCAACCGCCACGCACUCCAGAGAGCCAAAUGAGGAUGUGUCUGCUGACCUUGAGGAACGAUUUCACCUGGGCCUUUUCACAGACAGGGCUACGCUGUACCGGAUGAUUGAAACGGAAGGAAAAGGUCACUUGGAAAACGGCCACCCUGAGUUAUUUCACCAGCUCAUGCUUUGGAAAGGAGAUCUGAAAGGCGUUCUCCAGGCGGCGGCAGAGAGAGGAGAGCUGACAGACAGUCUCGUGGCUGUGGCACCAGUAGCUGGCUACCAAGUGUGGCUGUGGGCCGUGGAAGCCUUUGCCAAGCAGCUGUGCUUCCAGGACCAGCACGUCAAAGCCGCCUCUUACCUGCUGUCCAUCCACAAGGUGUACGAAGCCGUGGAGCUGCUCAGGUCUCAUCAUUUCUACAGAGAAGCUAUUGCGGUUGCCAAGGCCCGGCUGCGCCCUGAGGACCCUAUCCUGAAAGAGCUGUACCUCAGCUGGGGAUCCGUCCUGGAAAGAGAUGGUCACUAUGCCAUCGCAGCCAAGUGCUACUUAGGGGCCACUUCCGCCUACGAUGCAGCCAAAGUUCUGGCCAAAAAGGGAGAUGCAGCCUCGCUUCGAACAGCGGCGGAGCUGGCCGCCAUCUCAGGAGAAGAUGAGCUUUCUGCUUCCCUGGCUCUGCGAUGUGCCCAAGAGCUGCUGCUGGCACGGAACUGGGUGGGCGCACAGGAGGCCUUGGGGCUGCACGACAGCCUACAGGGCCAGAGACUGGUCUUCUGCCUCCUUGAGCUUCUGAGCUGGCACCUGGAGGAGAAGCAGCCCCCAGAAGGAAGAAGUUCCUCCUCUACUUACCACGAGUGGGCCACAGGCUCCAAAGGGCCCUUGGUACAGAGAGUGGCUGCCGUGUGGCGCAGCACCUUCAGCAUGGACACCCCAGAGCAGUGCCAGGCCGCCCUGCAGAAGCUCCGUGGAGUCAAGUACCCUGCCACUACAAGUAAUACUCCCUUCAGACAGCUCCUGCUUCACGUUUGCCAUGACCUGACUCUGGCGGUGCUGAGCCAACAGGCAGCGUCCUGGGAGGAGGUGGUGCCCGCACUGCUUCAGGCUGUGGUCCGGAGCUACGACUCGGGGAACUUCACCCUCAUGCAGGAAGUCUACUCGACCUUUCUCCCCAAUGGCUGCGACCACCUGCGAGACAAACUGGGUGACCCGUCCCCUGCCACAGCAGCUUUCAGAAGUUUGGAGGCCUUUUUCAUCUAUGGGCAACUGUAUGAAAUAUGGUGGUCCCUCUGCAAGCCUGGUCCUGAGUCAAGCGUCUGCAUGAGCUCAGCUAACAGUACAGCCUCCACGGGGCAGAGUCAGCCGGAGCACAGCUCCAGUGCCAGAGACGCUGAGCCUGGGAUUGCUACCCAGCCCCGGCUUCCCGGCCCAGACCUGAUGCUCAGCGGGGAGAGAGAGCGCUUGCUGAGCGCCUGCCAGGGGCUCUUCUCAGAAAGGCACGCCAGCCUCCAGGACUCCCAGAGAACUGUUGCCGAAGUCCAAGAGACACUGGCAGAAAUGGUCCGCCGGCACCAGGAGAGUCGGCUCUCCAAGUCCACAGCCCAUGGCCCUGACGGGGGUGUGCCCGGCCCAGAAGCAGGGCACACCCCCUCUGGUUUUCAGCACCCACGAGAAGAGAAAGGUGCACCAGUGUCUCUCCCUGAAUUAACCAAAAGGCUCACAGAGGCCAAUGAGAGGAUGGCUAAGUUUCCAGACAGCAUGAAGGCCUGGCCCUUCCCAGAUGUGCUGGAGUGCUGCCUCGUUCUGCUCCACAUCGGGGCCCAGUGUCCUGGUGCCGUGGACUGCAAGCUGCAGCAGCAGGCCCGGGAGCUGCUUGAGAAGUAUGGCCAUGCCCGCACCUACAGGAGACCCCGCCAGACCCUGUGCACCUGAGCCGGGCCGAGCUGGGUCACACAGCACCGCAGUCCUCCCCCGGCCUUGCCCUGACCUCAGCCCCUCAGAUGGAGGGCAGAGCGGAUGCACCAGCCGGGCCUCCCGAGGAGAGGGAAGCAGAGGUCCCCUGGAGCCUGCAGAGCCUCCCUCGGUUUCCCCAUAGAAGCCUUUGUACUCCCCACAGUGUUCAUCCUUAUAAACCCACCACCAGACGUGUCGGUUUGGGGAGCCGCAGUCGCCAUAUUCUGUCAUUGGGGCUGGGGGUAUUUGUUAGCGGGCUCUUCCUACCUCCUCUCUCAAAGACUGAAGAAACUGGCCUUAUGUUGGCGCUGAAUAUUAGGUUGGCAGUGUGGUUUUUUUAUGGAGUUGCAAUGGACAAACCACUAAAGCUUUCUGAGAG